AUGGCUAGCGGAGGCGAUGAGGACGCCGAUACUGUCCUCAGCGAUGUCGAGUCCGACGAACCAGCGGCUAUUGUUAGAAAGGAUCCGCCGCGAGAAGAUGUGUCGGAGGAGAGGGUAAAGGAGCUAAUCGCGGAGCUCGAUCGCGAGAAGAAAGCUCGAGAAGCGGCUGAGAGUUCGAAAUCGGAGCUUCAGGUUUCGUUCAAUCGGUUGAAGUCUCUUGCUCACGAGGCAAUCAGGAAGCGUGACGAGUCCAAGCGAGAACGAGAAGAAGCCUUGAAGGAAAAGGAGAAUCUGGAGAAUGUUAACAAAGGUAAGGAUGAAUUGAUUGAUGAGAUUUCCAAGAAACUUGAUGAAGCUGUGAGAUCUAGAGAUGGUUUGAGAGCAGAGAUUGACAACUCUUCGCAUAUGUUGGUUUCUGGGAUCGACAAGAUAUCUGGUAAAGUAAGCAGCUUUAAGAAUUUUUCAAAUGGAGGUCUCCCAAAGUCUCAGAAAUACACAGGUUUGGCUUCUAUAGCCUACGGAGUUAUUAAGCGUACAAAUGAAAUUGUGGAGGAGCUCGUCAGGCAGAUUGAUACGACUGCAAAGUCGAGGAAUGAAGCUAGGGAGCAGAUGGACCAACGGAAUUUUGAGAUAGCCAUUGAAGUUUCACAGUUGGAAUCAACAAUCAGUAAUCUGCGAUUGGAGGUUGCCGAGAAGGCUUCAAUUGUUGAUGAUUUAGAGAGGGAUGUGAGUGAGAAAGACAAGAGGAGUGCUCAACUUGAGAAAGAUAAUUCAGAGAAGGUAAGCGUACUGGAAGGGGAAGCUAUGGAGCUGAAACGGUUGGUUGACGAGUAUGAUGGGAAGUUGAAAACUAUGGAACUGAAGAUGGUAGCUCAGCGUCCUUUGCUGAUGGAUCAGCUGAAUCUUGUGUCAAGGAUCCAUGAACAGCUUUACAAGGUGGUGAGGAUAGUUGAUGGAAAUAGUUCAGAACAAUCAGACUUUUCUGAGUCUUUCUUUAUGCCUCAAGAGACAGAGAUGGAGGAGAACAUUCGAGCUUCCUUGGCAGGUAUGGAAUCCAUCUUCGAAAUGACCAAAGUGGUUUCUGGGAAGACACAGAGUUUGGUGGAAGAGAAGAACCGGGAACUGAAGAAUCUGAGUGAAACUGUGGGUCUAUUAGUUAAGGAGAAGGAACAUAUUGGUACUUUAUUGAGGAGUGCUUUGUCCAAAAGAAUGAUAGCGGAGCAGCCAUCCCAAAAAAGCGAAUUGUUUCAAGCUGCAGAGAAUGGUUUGAGGGAUGUUGGUAUCGAUUCCAAAUUCAAUCAACUCGUAAAGGAUGGGAAGGUUCAGGACUCUCAUAGUGACAAUACUAAUGAUCAUAGUAAAGAAGAGAAUGAAAUAUAUUCCCUGGCCAGCACACUGGAGAAUAUUGUCAAGGUAUCUCAGCUUGAGAUUGUUGAACUGCAGCAUUCAUUGGAGGAAUCAAGGGAAGAGACUAAUUCUCUUAGGAAACAAUUGGACACUCAGACAAAGGAGCUUAAACAGAGAAUGCGCCAAAUAGAAGAACUUAAAGAAAAGGAGAGAAUAGCCAAUGAAAAUGUUGAAGGGCUUAUGACCGACAUUGCUGCUGCUGAAGAAGAAAUAACAAGAUGGAAAGUAGCAGCUGAGCAGGAGGCUGCUGCUGGUGGAGCUGUUGAACAAGACUUCACGUCGCAGCUUUAUGUGUUAAAAGAAGAACUUGAAGAGGCAAAGCAAGCAAUUAUAGAAUCAGAGAAGAAACUAAAGUUUAAGGAAGAGACUGCUGCUGCAGCCAUGGGUGCAAGGGAUGCAGCAGAGAGAUCGUUGAAGCUCGCAGACAAUAGGGCGACUAAGUUGAGGGAACGAAUACAAGAGCUAAACCGUAAAGUUGAAGAACUAGAAACGAGUCGAGAUUUGAAUACUUCAAACAGAGCUAGAUAUGUGUGUUGGCCAUGGCAACUUCUUGGGAUUGAUUUUGUGGGAGGUCGAAGAAUUGAAUCGGGACAACAGAGUUCGAACGAGAUGGAACUCGCUGAACCUCUACUAUGA